UGUCAUCCCGCACCCUAAUCUUAUAUAAGUGAUUAUUUGAUUCAUAAACCAAAAAAAAUUGUUCGCCUAGCCUUUUUAACAGGUUUCCCUGUUGCUUAGAUGACGUGGCUCCGGUUAAAAUCUGACGUGGAAAUAAAAGACGAAGACGAAGACGACUGCCUGGGUUUUCCGUUUCCUCCGUCGGCGACGACCCAAUUUCAGUUUCAGUUUCCAUUCCCUCCGUCGAAGCCACACUCUCCAAGAUGUCAUCUUCCUCAACUUCAUCACGGGUUAAAGUAAACAUGGAGUAUGAGCCUAGUGUUUAUUGUAAUUGUGGAUUGAAAGCUCCAAUGUGCACAAGUAGAGAAUCGGGAAAGAAAUUCUUUGGGUGUCAAAGAUGGAAGGAUGGCAAUGGUUGUGGCUUCUUCCUUUGGAAUGAUCAUAGUGCAAGGAGGAUUGAAGGUGAGCAUGAAGAUCUAAAGAAGAUGGUGGUAUCUUUGAGGAAUGAAAUCGAAGUUGUUAAAGAAUUAAUUGUAAAUGAGUAUUGUGGUAUGAAAAAAGAAAAGGAAGUGUUGAGGAUCAAGUGUGUUGUUCUCCUAAUUGUAAUUGUGGUGCUUCUAGCAAAACUUUGUAGUUAGAAAUUGUAAU